GGAAAGUAAUGUCGUUUCUUAAAAGCGACAUUACUUUCCGGUCUCCCCCUGAUUAUGGACUGGAAAGUAGUGUCGCUUAGUAACGACUUAGUUGCCAAGGCGAAACCGCAACGACUUAGUUGCCAAGGCAAAACCGCAACGACUUAGUUGCCAAGGCGAAACCGCAACGACUUAGUUGCCAAGGCGAAACCGCAACGACUUAGUUGCCAAGGCGAAACCGCAACGACUUAGUUGCCAAGGCGAAACCGCAACGACUUAGUUGCCAAGGCGAAUCCGCAACGAAUUAGUUGCCAACCUAAUAAUUAUAAUAUAUUUAUUAUAGGAAAUGAAUACAUGCCAUAUAAAGGUUAGAAUAAUUCAUAACGUUGAGUUAAAGCAAUGUUACAACGUAAACUAAUAAAAAAAACAUGGUGUGAGCUACGUAAACAAUAUUUACACAGUACAAAGUGUUUGAAUACAAAUUCUGAGAAACACGAUGUUAAAAAAAUACGAAAUAUUGGAAUAUUGGCACACAUCGAUGCCGGUAAAACGACAACAACCGAACGAAUGUUAUUUUACUCUGGACUUAUUAAAAAUAUGGGAGAAGUACAUCAUGGGAAUACGGUGACAGAUUAUAUGGAACAAGAACGUCAACGUGGUAUAACAAUAACUUCUGCAGCCGUAACAUUUAAUUGGAAAAAGUAUCGUUUUAAUUUAAUUGAUACACCAGGACACAUUGAUUUUACUAUGGAAGUGGAACAGGCAUUACGUGUUAUGGAUGGUGUGGUGAUUAUAUUAGAUGGAUCAGCUGGUGUGGAAGCACAGACAUUAACAGUUUACAGACAGGCAGAUAAAUACGAGAUACCCAAAAUCAUUUAUGUUAAUAAAAUGGAUCGCCCGGAUGCAGAUUUUGAAAAAAGUUUAAAAUCCAUAGAAUUAAAAUUAAAUACCAAUGCAUUGCCAAUACAAUAUCCUAUAAAAAAGGGAGACGUUUUUGAAGGUAUAAUAGACAUUGUAAGCUUAGAGAAAAUAAUAUUUAAUAAGAAGAGUCAAGGAUUAGAUUUCAUAAGAAAAAAAUUAACGCAAAACGAUGACAAUGAUUUAUGGAAUAUAGCGAAUGAAAAACGUGAAAUGUUGCUAGAUAAGUUAUCAAAUUUGGAUGACAAAUUAGCCGAAGUAAUAAUAGAAGAAGAAUCACUCGAUAAAGUAACUGAUCAGGCAAUAUGCGAAUCCUUAAGAAAAAUUACAUUAUCAAGAAAUGGUGUGCCAGUUCUUAUAGGUAGUUCUUAUAAAAACAUUGGUGUACAACCUUUAAUGGAUAGUAUUGUAUUAUAUUUGCCAUUUCCAAAUGAAUACAGAAAUGACUAUCGUUGUUUCAACAAUAAUUUAUCCGCGCGUGUUUUUAAAAUUGUACAUGAUAAACAAAGAGGACCUAUCACUUUUUUUAGAAUUUAUACUGGUACUAUGAAGAAAGGUGAAAAAAUAUAUAACGUUCAAAAAGAAAAGGUAGAACAAAUUAGUCGUUUAUAUAUUGCCUGUGCUGAUGACUAUAAAGAAAUUAAUGCAAUUAAUAAUGGUAAUAUUGCAGCAGUUGCUGGAUUACAAACUACUGUUACCGGUGAUUUAAUAACUAAUAGCGCAUCAGUAAUGAAACAUGCCCAAAGAAAUCUGAACGAAUAUAAAUCUACUGAAUUGGCCGAAAGAAAAUUAAAUAAUAUUUUUACAUCUGGUACUAAUAUACCAGAUCCUGUCUUCUUUUGUUCUAUAGAACCACCUUCUCUAUCGAAACAGGUAGCUUUAGAAAUUGCAUUGCAAGAACUUGGAAGAGAAGAUCCUAGCUUAAGAAUAAAACAAGACGAAGAGACUGGUCAAACGGUGUUAGCUGGAAUGGGAGAAUUGCACAUUGAAAUUAUUAAAGAAAGAAUUAGAACGGAAUAUAAAAUUGAUGCCGAUCUAGGUCCUUUGCAAAUAGCUUAUAAGGAAGCUAUAACAGAAAUGAUCAAAGACACAUUCUCUAAUGAGUACAAAAUAGGCAAAACUUUUCAUAGUGUUACCAUAACUUUGUCCUUAAUACCAAAUUACAAGCAAAAAGAAAUUUUACAAUUUGAUCAUACGAAAGAAUCUGCUUCUAAUAUCGACGAUAUACAACCAAAGAUGAUGGCUGCCAUAAAAAAGGGCAUAAAACUUGCCCUUAAAAGUGGUCCAAAAUUAAAUUCUCCAGUUAUAGACACCGGAAUUAAGCUCCAUUGGUUAGAGAUAAGAAAGGGUACAUCAGAUACUAUAGUUUCUGCUGCUGUUACACAAUGUAUCAAACAACUGAUGCAAAAAGGCACGAGUAUAAUAUUGGAACCGAUUAUGAAUUUAGAAAUUGUUACUAUGAAUGAUUAUUCAUCGGCCGUUCUUGCUGAUCUUAAUCAACGGAGAUGUGAAAUACAAAAUGUUGACAUGCGUGGACAAAAUAAGAUUAUUACUGCUUAUGCACCGUUGUCAAAUUUGCUUGGAUAUUCUAUGAGUUUAAGAAGUAUAACAUCUGGUAAUUCAACAUUUUCGAUAGAAUUUAGUCAUUACAAGGCCAUGGAGUCAAUUUUUGAACAAGAAAUUAUUAAAAGUAUAACUGGAUUUUAAGACCCAAUAGGUUAAGUAUAAUUUUCAUCAAUUAUUUAACUAUUAUAUAUUAUUAAAAUACUGUUCAAGACUAUUAAUAGUAAUAAAUGAUUAGAUAUAUAUAUAUAUAUAUAUAUAUUAUCAUUAGUAUUUAUGAAAGAAUAGAUAAUUUCCAAUAAAUUUUCAUAAUUAUUAUUUUCAAUUAUUACACAAUUUCUCCACUUGGUUAUUGGCUUGGUCUAAUCAAAAUAUAUUGCAACAUUAUAAAUGGUGCAUUACAAUCUUCAUUUACAAUUGUCAAUUUCGCAGACCACUACACACGAUGUUGGAAAGCACAAUUAAAGGUGUUGUUGUUGUUGUUGUUAUUAAACUAGAGCAAUUUAAAGCGCACCAUUAGAAAGAAAUCUUUUUGGAACUUACCAGCACCACGAGUAGCAGUCGCAUAUAAAUAUAUUAAUAUUGCUUAGGAUCAUGCAAAAAGGUCAUACAUAGUAAAAUAUAUGUAUAUAAUAUAUAUAUAUAUGUGUGUAUGUAUAUAUGUAUAUAUAUAUAUAUAUAUAUAUAUUAUAUGUAUGGAGGGAUUAAAUGUUAUUUAGUAUCGAUUGAAUUCUCUAACAAUCAUUGUUGCAAAUACAAAAUCUAAAAAAUACAGAGCGGAUGACAUGAACAGCAGACUCUCUUUAAUGUAAUCUUUGUUUUUAUCACGUGAAAAAACAUUUGUACAAUUAGUUAUAUAGUUCAUGCUUGAAAAUCAAUCCGCUCUGAGAAAUAAUUAUUUUCUCUUAAUUCUUUUUCUUACAGGCUAAUCUUUUUUUUCUUUCUUACAUUCUAAACUUUCGGUCAGUAUAUAACUAUAGUAUAAAAUCUGUUUGCUCUUGGUUUAAUUAUCUAAUAAUAUAAUAAUAAUAAUAUUAUUAUUAUUAUUUAUAGUAAUAAUAAAAAAAAAAAAGACAAAUAUCUUAUGCUCUUAUUAAUUCUAAUUUAUUUGCAUUACUUAAAAAAUUUAAAUAUAUAUAUAUAUAUAUGUUUAUAUAUAUAUGUAUAUAUACUUAUUAUCACUUGUAUGCAGAUGCUUUCGUCUAUUACACCUGCACACCGGUGCUCGCAAUUAAAAGUAUGACUUUCUUCUCUGUUUAUUAUUAACGCCUUCGAAUAAUGACAAUAAGAAACCAACCACGUUUGCCUAUCCUUUUAUUCGCUUUGGGAAAGGUAGAAAAUAUAUCUUCAAAUCGAUCGAGUAAUUCAAUUACAAUAUGAUCGUUAAUAAUAAUAAUAAUAAUCGUAAUAAUAAUAAUAAUAAUAAUAAUAAUAAUAAUAAUAAUAAUAAUAAUAAUAAUAAUAAUAAUAAUAAUAAUAAUAAUGAUGAUGAAGUCAAAAUCGUUGUACCACUUCGAAUCAAAUUAAAGCGGAAUCAACGUGUCAUAAAGAUCAAGAUCACAAAGCUUUACACCUAUAUAUUUAUAUUCAAAAUACGCUGUUCGAUCAAUCAAUCAAUCAAUGCACAAUUUUAAUUAACAAUAGAAGGUGAUUUGUUUAAACAACCCUCCCGCCCCCUCACCUCCUCUCGACAACUUAUUUAAUACGUAUCCCUACGUACAAAAAUACUCCCUUUUAUCAUUAACGAUUUACCCAAAAGGAAAGAAAACAAUUUAUUUUUCUUUUUAUCUAUCAAAUUACAGGCGCAAGCAACUCCGUAGAUCUCUUUUCUUCCUUUGCACAAGAAAAAAAUAAAAAUAAAAGAACGAACGAUCUUCUUCCGCUGCUACUCGACGGACAACAAGAAGAAGGAAACAAAAGGCGUGUUUUUAUAUAUUGGUGGUGGUAAUAUGUGUGUAUGUGUAUGUAUUUGUGUGUGUGUGUGUGUGUGUGUGUGUGUAUUGCACAAACGUACGAGAGAGAAAGAUAAAUAGCAAUACAGCGCAACGCUAGAAGGAUUGUUUUCUCCUGUUUUUACUUUAUAGAAAGAGAGAGAGAGAGAAAAAAGUAAACAAACCGAUCCCAGUCAGAGGAGCCUUGGCGUGGGGACGGUCGAAGAGAAAAAUACAACGUAGUAUGUAAUAUUUUUUAUUUAUGGCAACUCGUGAUGUCUGCGACGUAGAAAAACGUCUGAGAUAAAAAGGGCAACGCCCCUCUCUCUUUCUCUCUCUCUCUCUCCCCCCACUUCUCUUUCUUUCUCUCUUAAUUUCACUCAUUCCAUUGAUGUUUACGAUCGUCUUUCUAUUUCUCCUCUAGAUCUUGAGGUGAAUAAAUCACACGUACACACAAAGAGUUUCUCUUCGUCAUCAUCGUCAUCCGUCGUCAUCGUCAUUGUCAUCCUAAAUAAUGAAUGGCAAGCGAUAUAUAUAUAUAUAUAUAUAUAUAUAUAUAUAUAUAUCAGGCGCGCCAUGAUUAUUUCAUUCAGGAUCGUCCUCGUUCGAUCCAUAUUCAAUGACGUCAUCUUGGCGUCACAAGCUUACGAGUUUCGGUGGAUUGGCGUCUGGAGAGCUGAGAUCUACGGCGGAGAGAUUGUUCCUUUGUUGCGUCGAGCAGGAUGGUAUUAAUGGUGUCGAAACUGGCGUCAAGCCUGUACCACCUUCCAUCAGGGAAUCAAAAUUGAAUGGUAUACCACUGGUUGGUGUUGUUAUCGGCAUACCGGCUACGUCUAACGACGGU